GCACGCGUCAAUUUACACCAACAUGGCGUUGAAUUUGCAAGUAAAAGUUCACCCGGUGGUGCUGUUUCAAAUCGUAGACGCUUACGAACGGCGAAAUGCGGAUUCCCAUCGAGUCAUCGGCACCCUACUCGGAACGUCCGACAAAGGUAUCGUAGAAGUGACGAAUUGCUUCUGCGUGCCGCACAAGGAGUACUGCGACCAAGUCGAGGCCGAACUGUCGUACGCCAUGGACGUGUACGAUCUAAAUAAGCGAGUGAACUCCAGCGAGGCGAUCGUGGGCUGGUGGGCGACGGGCCACGAAGUCACCAAUCACAGCUCCGUCAUACACGAGUACUAUUCGCGCGAAUGCAACAACCCCGUCCACAUAACGGUCGAUACGAGCCUGCAGAGCGGCCGGAUGGGCCUCAAAGCCUACGUUUGCGUGCCGCUGGGCGUCCCGAACGGCAAGCAAGGCUGCAUGUUCACGUCCAUACCGAUCGACAUCGUUUGCUACGAUCCGGAGGUGUUCGCGCUGCAAUUGUGCCAGAAGACGAUGAGCGCCGGCGCGAUGCGACAGCGCAACGUGAACCCCAUGCUGGAUCUGAACCAGGUGGCCGAGGCCGGCGGCAAAAUGAGCGUCAUGUUGGAUCAGGUGUUGGGUUACGUGGAGGACGUGCUGGCCAACCGGACGCCCCCGAACAACGCCGUAGGCAGGGCUCUGUUGGACCUCGUCAAUUCCGUGCCUCACAUGAGCAACGAGCAAUUUUCGGAGAUGUUUAACAGCAACGUGAAGGACCUUUUGAUGGUUAUAACGUUGUCGCAGUUGAUUAAAACGCAGUUGCAGUUGAACGAGAAAUUGACGCUGUUGACUUCUUUUUGAAUAAACUAGAAGGUAUCGAACGGGUUUGUUUAAUUAUUUAGUACGGGGUUGUCUCGCAACUAUCGAUAGUUAGUUUUGAGCCUGUACGCUUAGAAAUCCUAUACACUUCGAUUUGUUGUAAAUAAGAAGU